AUGGUCAGAGUGUGGGGCAUUGAUUCGUGUUUGUGCGGCUCAGCAGUUAGAGACGCUGACCCCAGAGUGAAGCCAGAGGUGGUCAGCACUUCACCUCCACUGCAGAGCUCUCCGAUAGUUCAGCAGAUCAAAUGGCCUUCUCACACUGCGAUCAGAGCGGCUCCGUGUCUCCACUCAUCACACGAUCAAUUUUCAUGCAUUAUGAAGUACAGCUCCGGAAUCAAACGAGCCUCACAACAAUCAUGCAGCAGGAGGAGGAGCCAGCAGGAGGCCCGGACUAGAGACAGCAGUAACUUUGACAAAGAAAGAUGA